CCGUGACCGAAGGAGAUUUAGUUCUGCGAAACUGCUUCUUCAUUUCAGCAUUUCAAGAUUUUCGGCUGGAAUUAUCUACUGAUCGAUUGCUAUGGCCGACUUUUACGAUCCAAUGAGCGAUUGGGAAGAAAUUAACGCGGAGGAUGUAAAAGAGUAUAUGGAUGAAAAUGGUGUGUCGGGUUUAGCAGAAUUCUUCAAAGGACGCAUGGAGAGGUGGAAGAAAGUGGAAGUGAAUAUUGGAAUCACUGGUGACUCCGGAGCUGGAAAAUCGAGUUUUAUCAACGCGAUUAGGGAGCUUGAUGACGAUGCUAAUGGUGCAGCCCCAGUUGACGUCACUGAGUGCACUAUAGAGCCCACAUCCUUUAAUCAUCCAAAGUAUCCAAACAUAAAGUUUUGGGACCUUCCAGGGAUUGGAACUCCGAAUUACCCUGACGUGGAAACGUACCGCGACAAGGUACAGCUCGACAAGUAUCAUACAUUCCUCAUUUUUGCGAGCAGCCGAUUUACCGAGAACGACAUCAUAUUGGCCAAAGAGAUCAAGAAACAGGGAAAGUCAUUUUUUUUCAUUCGCACAAAAAUCGAUGACAAUGUGCGAGCCGAGAAGCGAAAGAAAUCUUUCAGUGAAGCUGCUAUGUUAGAGAAAAUCCGGCGCAAUUGUAUAAAAAACCUGGUUGACGAGGAUGGCAAGCCUAUAUGCAUCGAAGACCACAUCUUCCUGAUAAGCAACCAUCAUCCAGGCAAGUGGGAUUUUGGUAGACUUACCCAAGCAAUUCUUGAUGCAUUGCCAAGAUAUCAGCGAGAGACCCUCACCUUAUCUCUAAAUGCCUUAACCAGCUUGUCAAAAGAUAUUCUGAAGAGAAAAGUUGAGUUCCUCGAAGGGCGGAUGAUGUAUGUUGCAGGGGCAUCUGCUCUGGCAGCGGCGAUUCCAGUUCUUGGGCUAUCUUUUGCCGUAGAUAGCGCUCUCCUAUUGAAAGAAAUUAGAGAGUACAUAACCCAGCUUGGUAUUCCUGAAAAAGGAUCCAACAGAUUUGGGAGGCUAAGUUCUACCACCCAGCAGGAGAUUCUCGACCUUUACCUAAAGUUUGCCACUGUCUCUGGAAUUGCCUCUUUAUUUGCAAUCGAAGCCGCCGCUGAAGGUGUCGCGGAAGAAUUCGCUCGUUUUAUUCCGUUCGUUGGUUCUUUUAUAGCUAGCGGUUUGUCCUUCGGUGGCACAUAUAUUCUUCUUCGCCAUUCUUUAAAAAGAAUUGAAGCAGUAGCAUUAGCAGUCCUGGAGGAAGCUGCCCAACAAUCAGUGGACGAUUUAGAUCUUGAGUAGACUUGUAUAAAUCCGGGUUUAUUGGACUAGGAGCCAUUAUGAACCUUGGUUUUAUUUGAUUUAUAGCUGUCAGUGCACCAAGCUUAAUUGUAAAAGAACUCAGUCGUAGUUUAAGUUGCUUUUCUUUCCCCGAACGAUAGCUUGUUUUCACUUUUUUCAUAACAUUGACUAGUAACAGGGUCGGUGCUAUAAGUUGAGGUUAAAGACUGUGUAUGAUAAUGAUAAUGGAAAAGAUGACCGGCGAUUGCCAUGAAGCUGAAGAACCUGACCGUAAAAACUUCGGUAUUGAUUGCCUCC